GUCAUGGGAGAGAGGGACAGUGUGACCAGAAGCAUCUCAAAGGCCCAAACACAGAGCUCAGGAGAGUGCACAUUCUCACAGGUACAUACUAGGAAAUAUUCACCUUCCUUUUUUUGGCAGAAGUCAGUUUGUUCCCAGUGUACUAGAAUGGAAUGGAACAAUGAGACUCAUUACCAAAAGUGUAGGCUCUUGUCCAGAACUUUGAAUUCUCUCUGGGAGCAGUGGGCAGAGAGAGAUGAUAAAAAGAGGUAGAAGUUAGCUUUGUAUAUGUAGCCUACAACUUGAAGGGCCCUCAAUACAGAGGAGAGCAGUGAGGUCCUGAGUUUUGUCCUCACUCCUUAGGAAAACAGACCUAUAAUUUCAUGGGAAAAUUCAUAGGGCAUAUAUACCCAGGGCUGUUUCUUUUCUCCUAUGGACUGUAUCAGGCCACAGUGGUCUUUAAGGCCAUGAUAGUCAAUGACUCUCUCCUCUGUCCUUCGUGCCCUCCCAGGCAUAAGGGAAUAUGGGCCAGGCUGUGGAUAAUAUCCUACAGAGGUUUGCUGAAGAUAGUGACUGGUUCCAUCUUAACAAUUUAUGUAGUCUUCUGUCUUGAUGAUGGGAUGGUGUUGAUGAACAAGAAGUACCCACCAAGAUUUAUGUACCCCAAAGAGUGGCAGCACCUCACUAUGUUCAUCCUCUUCACCCUCAAUGGCUGUGUAGAUGUCAUGAGCAAGAACUUGCUACCUCAGAGGUGUGUGGUCCUAGAGAAAGGUACCCUGGUCCUGACCUUCUAUGUGCUCCUGCUGCUGUUGAUGUCACACGUCCAGGACUCAACCGGGAUAGAGCUUCAGAUUCAUUAUCUGCUCAUCGUGGUGGUGUUCCUGUUGAUGCUGGUGUUGACCAUAGAGCUGUGGACUCCUGACACAUUUCACCUCUUGCUGAUUGAGACUUUUCUGUUUCUGUCGAUGGGCUCCUGGCUGAUACAGGGGGGCUUUAUUCUGUACAGACCAGUCACUGGCUACCCAUGGCAGGAUGAUGACAUCAGUGACAUCAUGUUUAUCACCACCUUCUUCUGUUGGCAUGUGAUGAUCAAUGCUUUGUGUCUGCUGGGAAUCUAUGGAAUCUCUUCCUUUUGGCAUCAUUGUUACCGUCCCAGCUUGAAGCUGAUGGAAUCCAAAGAAGCUCCACAUGACAAGGGCACUACAAGACCCCUCUACAAAUUGCUGUGGGAAGUGGAACAGUCAGAGAAAGAUGACCAGGCUCCUCUCCUUUCAAAGAGCUCUCCCUGA